AGAAGAUAGAAAAAUAGAUAACACGUUUAACAGCAAACAACAAACUCAACCCCACUGCAGAACAACACUCUCUCUCCUUUCCUCUGCUUCAUCUGAAAAUCCUAAAUCAAAAACUUAGAUGCUAUAAAAAUGGGGUUUUGUUCAACUUCAACUGUUCCACAAACAUCACUAUCCAAUUCUCAAUCUUCAACAUUCUUCACAUACUUAAAACCAUGCCCAAUUCUAUCCUCCACAUAUUUAAGGCCAAAACGGUUAAAAUUUCGCCUCAGAAUAAAUGCCACUGCAACUAUUGAUUCUCCUAAUGGCGCUGUUGCAGUAGUAGAACCUGAAAAGCAACCUGAGAAAAUUUCUUUUGGUAGACAGUAUUUUCCUCUAGCUGCUGUUAUUGGACAGGAUGCUAUUAAAACUGCUCUUUUACUUGGGGCCAUUGACCGUGAGAUAGGAGGAAUUGCAAUAUCUGGGAAGCGUGGAACAGCGAAAACUGUAAUGGCACGUGGGUUGCAUGCUAUUCUGCCACCAAUUGAAGUAGUUGUUGGCUCAAUGGCAAAUGCUGAUCCGAACUGUCCCGAUGAGUGGGAAGACGGGCUAGCUGACAGAGCAGAAUAUGGGUCUGAUGGUAAUAUCAACACCCAGAUAGUUAAAUCUCCAUUUGUUCAGAUUCCCCUUGGUGUCACAGAAGAUAGAUUGAUUGGCUCUGUUGAUGUCGAGGAGUCCGUGAAAUCUGGAACCACUGUCUUUCAACCAGGCCUCCUUGCAGAAGCUCAUCGAGGAGUUCUAUAUGUUGAUGAGAUCAAUCUAUUAGAUGAAGGUAUAAGUAACCUACUUCUGAAUGUAUUGACUGAGGGAGUCAAUAUUGUAGAAAGAGAGGGAAUCAGCUUUCGCCAUCCAUGCAAACCACUACUAAUUGCUACAUAUAACCCUGAAGAGGGUGCGGUUCGUGAGCAUCUGCUAGACCGUAUUGCGAUUAAUUUAAGUGCAGAUCUUCCAAUGAGUUUUGACGAUCGUGUUGCAGCUGUUGACAUAGCAACACGUUUUCAGGAGUGUAGCAAUGAGGUUUUUAAAAUGGUGGAUGAAGAAACAGACAAUGCAAAAACCCAGAUAAUAUUGGCGAGGGAGUAUUUAAAGGAUGUCACAAUCAGUAGAGAUCAACUAAAAUACUUGGUCAUGGAAGCAAUUCGUGGUGGCUGCCAGGGGCACCGAGCUGAACUUUAUGCUGCUCGUGUAGCCAAAUGCUUAGCUGCCAUCGAUGGACGUGAAAAAGUUGGUGUUGAUGAGCUGAAAAAAGCUGUAGAGCUUGUCAUCCUCCCACGUUCAACUAUAGUUGAAAAC